UUGCUCCAAUGUCGUUAUGAAAACAUUGGCAAUACUUAGAUUUGAAAUAAUAAAUGUUCUUUCUUUAAACCUAGGUUUUCAAAUAGAAGAUCGAAAUGAUUCAUUCACAAUGGUUGAAAUAAUACGUCAGUAAAAAUGGCUGCUAAUAAUGGACUGCAGUGAUUCAUAUCCUGAGCACACACUUGUUUACAGUAUUCAUAGCUGGUCAUCUUAUUCUGGAAAUUACCAUCCAAGUAAUAUUCUUCUUGAUCGACCAACGGAUCAAACAUCACGAUGGUCAUCAGAUACCAAUUUUCCACCACAAUUUAUUUUGCUAAAACUUCAGCAACCUGCUAUUGUCACAGAAAUCACGUUUGGUAAAUAUGAAAAAACACAUGUGUGCAAUCUGCAAAAGUUUAAAAUAUAUGGUGGUCUCAAUGAAGAUCAUAUGCUUGAACUUUUAGCUGAUGGAUUGAAAAACGAUCCAAACAAAGAGACCUUCAUUUUAAAGCAUGAAUUGCAGGGGAAGAAAUUUCCUUGCAAAUUUGUAAAAAUUGUGCCAUUGUUAUCUUGGGGUACAAGCUUCAACUUCAGCAUAUGGCAUGUUCAGCUGACUGGUAUUGAUGACGCAGAUUUUGUUCGUCCACAAUUAAAGUGGUUUAAUAAUUACAGAGAACAAGAAGCUAUUCGAUUAUGUCUAAAACAUUUUCGACAAAAGAACUACAGGGAAGUAUUUGAGGUGCUACAAAGGACUUCCAAUGUUGCGUUUGAAGACCCUUUGUUAACAAGACUUCAUGAUGCACUGGUAAAAAAUGGUAAUUUUGAACUGAGUGAAGAAAUUGUCGACAAUGCUGGACGAGAUGGUGUAUUUCAAGAAUUUCUUUAUAACCAAGAUUACCAGCCACAAUGGUCGCAAAUUAUUUCCUUAACGAAAAAUGGUACUCAGUCUUCUAUGAAACCUGGUAUGAGAGGUGGUCAUCAGAUGUGUCUUGAUUCAGAAAAACAACUGAUAUUUCUUCUCGGUGGCUGGGAUGGGAUGAAAGAUCUGGCAGAUUUUUGGGUAUAUGACAUCGCAAAUGAACAGUGGCAAAUAAUUUCAAAAAAUGUCACUGCUGAUGGAGGACCAUCUGCAAGAUCUUGCCACAAGAUAUGUUUAGACAAACGAAACAGGAAUCUUUAUAUAUUAGGGAGAUAUCUAGAUUCUCCAGGUCGAGCUCAUGUGGAACUUAAAAGUGACUUCUACAGAUAUAACCUUGACACCGCCUUGUGGGAGACUAUUUCAUUGGACACUGCUAAUGAAGGGGGUCCUUAUCUGAUAUUUGAUCACCAGAUGCAAUAUGAUCCAGUAACGGAAAAUAUAUUUGUGUUUGGUGGACGAAUAUUGACAAGCAUUUCAAACGAUGAUCGGACGUUUGAACCGUUUUUCAGUGGUUUAUUUACCUACCAUAUACCGACAAAUACGUGGACUAAAUUAAGAGACGACAACACAGAAAGUGUCGGUGGUAUUCAACUUAGAUCUCGUAGCGGUCACUCCAUGUUAAUUGACGAGUCAAGAAGAUUGUUGUAUAUUUUCGCGGGACAAAGAAGCAGAGAAUACUUAAAUGACUUUUUUGCUUAUAAUAUCGACAAAGAUGAAAUCACAUUAAUGGUCGCAAAGUCUGGUAAUAAGGAAUUACCGUCUGCUGGAUUUACGCAAAGAUCAACCAUUGAUAUGGAGUUUGGAGAGAUAUAUGUUUUGUCGGGCUUAAGUAAAGAUAGAGAAAAGAGAGAAGAAUCAAUACAAAACUCUUUUUGGGUAUAUAAUCUAAAAACUGAUAAAUGGUCGUGUGUUUACAAGAAUGAGCAUCGUCAGCAACAGUGUAGUAAAGAAAAUAUAGAACCGCGCCCUCGAUUCGCUCAUCAGCUAGUAUACGAUCCUGUUAAUAAGGUACAUUUCUUAUUUGGUGGAAACCCUGGUAAAUCAAAUUCGACGAAGCUGAGGCUUGAUGAUUUCUGGGAACUUAAGCUUCAGCGAUCCUCAGUGGAAGACAUUAUUCGCUAUUGCAAAUACAUUAUUCGUAAACUGAGAUAUAAGGAAUUGAGUGUGACCGAUCCUGUAUGUGCGUUGUCAUAUUUACAGACGGAGAUAGGUCAACUUGUGGAUCAUACCAAUCAACGCGAACGCGAAGAGUUCGAGUCUUUGGCGUUAACAUUAUUUACACUGCAGUCUCCCUCUUCAUCAUCGGACGAGGACGAAACCUUUACUGACGGUGAUGUCGUACGAAUUCCGUCUCGUGUUUACAGUGCACGAAAUGAGGUAUUCGAAACGCUUACAAAAUAUUUCCCUACUAGCAUGGUUCAGCCUCGUGGAAAUAUUACAGAUUUUAUUCUAUCUUGAUCGGCUUUUGUAUAAAUUUUAUUAUAUCAUUUUAAAACGAAAAUAUACAUGUACAAAAACA